GUCCCCCUUCCUCUCUCCCUCUGCCCCUUCUAGCUUCCCCCCUCCCCCUUCCCCCUCUUCACGGAGCCCCCCUCCCAUUGCUUUCUCCUCCACCUCCGGCUCCUUUCACCCACCCCGCUCCGGGCUUUUGGUUCCACCCCGGGCUUCCGGCCUUUCCACCACCACCACCUGCGAGCCACCAUGGCCGACUCUCAGACGCACAAGCAGCACAAUGUGCGCUUGGCCAAGAAGAAGCAGCAAAAGGUCGACCGUCUGGCAGCCAAUUCCGGCGGGACAGCCAUCCCCGAGCGCCCGACCAAGCGCGACAAGGAUGCCCCCCGCGACAUUGAGGCCGAGCGCCGCCGCAACCCGAAGGCCUUCAUCGCUGCCUCUGGUCGCAGCAUGAUGCGCGCCCAGCAGCACAAGAUGGAGAAGGCCGAGCGCCGCAUGCAUGCCCCGAUGGCGAGCCGCACGGCUGGCCUCUCGGCGGCCGAGGCCCCGCCCGUGAUGAUUGGCGUUGUCGGCCCGCCCGGCGUCGGCAAGACCACCCUCAUCAAGUCCCUGGUGAAGAAGUACACCAAGCAGAACCUGCGCGAGGUCAACGGCCCGAUUACCGUGGUUUCCGGCAAGAGCCGACGCCUGACCUUCUUCGAGUGUGGCAAUGACAUGAACUCCAUGAUCGAUUGCGCCAAGACCGCGGACCUGGUUCUGCUCAUGGUGGAUGCCAGCUUCGGCUUCGAGAUGGAGACCUUCGAGUUCCUGAACCUUUGCCAGACCCAUGGCUUCCCUCGGAUCAUGGGUGUCCUGACUCAUCUGGAUGGCUUUGCCGAUGACAAGAGCCUUCGCAAGCACAAGAAGCGCCUCAAGCAGCGCUUCUGGACCGAGAUCUACGAGGGAGCCAAGCUUUUCUACCUGAGUGGUCUGCUGAAUGGGCGCUACCCGAAGAUGGAGGUGAACAACCUGUCGCGCUUCAUUUCGGUCAUGAAGUUCCGGCCGCUCAUCUGGCGCAACAGCCAUUCGCAUGUGGUGGCCGAUCGCAUGGAGGACAUCACCCAGCCGCACCUGAUCGAGCGGGAUGUCCACUGUGACCGGACCGUGGCCCUGUAUGGCUAUGUGCGUGGCACGAACCUCAAGUCCCACCAGAAGGUUCAUCUCCCGGGUGUCGGCGACUUCGCCAUCAAGGAGGUGUCGGCUCUGGAGGACCCGUGCCCCCUGCCGGACAAGGUGGCCAAGCGCCUGGACCAGAAGCACAAGCUCAUCUAUGCUCCGAUGUCCGACAUUGGCGAGAUCACCUAUGAUCGCGACAGUGUCUAUGUCGAGGUUCCGGGUGUGUACCAGCGCAAGUCCGAUGGCUCUGGCCUCGAGGUUGAUAUGGAGCGCAGUGAGGGCGAUCAGAUGGUCAUCUCGCUGCAGGACAGCAAACACACCCUGGCCGAUAAGCUGGAGGAGAGUGAGCUGCAGAUCUUCCAGGACUCGGCCCCAGUUUUGGCUUCCGAGGCGCGCGCCAAGUUUGCCCUGGACAAGGCCGCGCCGCGCGUGCGCCGCCGUGCCCUCUUUGAGGACGGCACCAACUCCUCUUUCAACGACACCAUCUCCGACGGCGAGGACGAUGAUGAUGAGGAUGAGGAUGAUGAGGAGAAUUUCGACGAGGACGAGGACAUCGACGAGGAGACCCAUCAGAAGCGCAUCCGCCGGGCCAACGUCACUGGCGCCCUGGACGAGGAGGAUGGCGAUGAUGGGCAGCUGGCCUUUGCCGACACCGACUCCGAGCUUGAUGAGCAGGAGGAUGAGAGCGACGACGCCAGCGAUGGCAAUGACGACGACGACGGCGACGACGACGACGAGCCGGACCUGGCGGACUUCGUCUACAACCCCGACCGCAUGGAUCUGGAUGCCGGCAUCGCUGACGCCUCCGAGACCAAGUGGCGUGCCAACAUCGACUCACUGGCCGAGCGCAUGCAGGUCAAUCGCCGGGUCAACUUGCAGAAGUUGGUCUAUGGUGAUGGGGCCGAGGAGGAUGCCGGGUCGGCGGGCAAGCCGGAUGCCGAUGGCUUCCGCAAGGUGCGCUCCUCGACCAGCAGCCAGCUGGCCCACAUGGACGACGGGGCCAAGUUGAACCUGCACCUGGGUGGCGAUGUGGCCGAUGCCGAUCUGUGGGAGGAUCCGGACUUCCUGGCCUCGCUGCGGUCGCGCUUCAUCACCGGCGACACCGGGGCCGAGGGUGCUGCCGCGGGUGCCGGCAGUGAUGACGAUGCCACCGGGGACUUCGAGGACCUGGAGGAUGAGGAUGGCAGCGGCGGCGGCGGCGCCUCCGCCGCCGGGGCCGGAGACUCCAUCCUCAGUGACGAUGAGGGCGGCGAUGAGCCAACCGAGGAGGAGCUCCAGCGCAAGAAGGAGCUGCUCAAGCAGCGCUUCAUCGAUGAGUACGAGUCACGCGGCGCCGGGGCCGAGGACAAGGAAGAGACCGACUUCGACCGGCAGAAGAAGGCCAUCGAGCAGCAGCAGCAGUUCAACCGCCAGGAGUUCGAGGACAUUGCCCCGGAAAUGCGUGCCCAGUUCAUCGGCUACCAGCCGGGGCAGUAUGUGCGCAUCGUGCUCGAGGGCCUGCCGUGCGAGUUUGUCCAGCACUUCGACCCCCGGUACCUGAUUGUGGUUGGUGCUCUGCUUCCGGGCGAGGACACCGUCGGCUUUAUUCAGAUUCGUUUGAAGAAGCACCGUUGGUACAAGAAGAUCCUGAAGAACCAGGACCCGUUGGUCUUGUCGGUCGGCUGGCGGCGCUUCCAGGCGACGCCGCUUCUGUCGAUCAAGGACGAUGGCCAGCGCAACCGCAUGCUCAAGUACACCCCGGAGCACAUGCAUUGCAAUGCCACCUUCUACGCCCCGAUCAUUCCCCCGAACACCGGUGUGUGUGCCUUUGUCAACCUCAGCAACAGCGUGCCCGGCUUCCGUGUGAGCGCCACCGGUGUCGUGCUGGAGCUGGACAAGGCGUUCACCAUCAUCAAGAAGCUCAAGCUGACUGGUGAGCCCUACGAGAUUUUCAAGAACACCGCCUUCAUUCGUGGCAUGUUCAACUCUUCGCUGGAGGUGGCUCGCUUUGAGGGUGCCAAGAUCCGCACCGUCUCCGGCAUCCGAGGCCACAUCAAGAAGGCCCUUCUGAAGCCGGAAGGCUGCUUCCGAGCGACCUUCGAGGACCGCGUUCUGCGCAGUGACAUUGUCUUCCUUCGCGCCUGGGUGCCGGUCGAGGCCAAGAACGCCUACUUCCCCAUCACCAACCUCCUCCAGAAGGACAAGGCCAAGUGGGAGGGUAUGCGUACGGUGUCCAUGCUCCGGCGCGAGCGCAAUCUCCAGGCCCCGAAGCUGGCCCAGUCGAAGUACGAGAAGGUCGAGCGCCAGAAGCGUGUCUUCGCUCCCCUGCGUGUGCCGGCGUCGCUGCAGGCGUCGCUGCCCUUCUCGGCCAAGCCCAAGGACAUGGCCCGGCAGACGUCCGCCUCGGCAGAGACCCGUCGGGCGGUCAUCAUGACGGCCGAUGAGCGCAAGGCCCACCAUUUGAUCCAGCAGAUUGCCACCCUGAAGAACGAGAAGCUGGCCAUCCGCCAGGAGCAGCGCGAGCGUCGUAACGCCGAGCGCCGCAAGAAGAUGGAUAAGGAGGAGGCCGAGCGCCUGUCCAAGCAAAAGAACACCCGGAAGCGCUUCUUCUCGAAAGAGCAGAUGAAGAGUGGUGACUCGAAGGCCAAGCGCCGGAAGUCCGGCGGCGGCGACGACUAAGACGCAGCCGCCCGCCCAGCAGCGCCAGUGGUGAGCCCAGAUCUGUCCAUUCCUCCCGCCCUCCUUGAACGUCGCGUGCUUCGGCCUCCCGUUCCCUUGCUGCCGUAUCUUGCACGGUCCCCCCCCCCCUCCGGACACACACAUCCUCUCUGCUGUGCAACACAUAGAUCCCUAUUAGAGUGUGUGCGCCUCUUUCUCUCUCUCUCUCUCU